AUGUUUACGCGGCCGAUCGAGCCUCUCAUCAUCGUGUUGGCUCUCCUGUCCAUGGGCCAUGUGUCCAGCCAGUGUAUAAGUGCGCCCUACGCGUGGUGGUACCCGUGUGGAUCACACUCCGAAGAUGUUCCAACAUCGUGUGAUCGAGCGGAACUUCGGUUCCGUAUCCGUCGGGAGACCAACUGCGCUGCGUCGAACCCGAUCGUGACAGUCGAUUUCACGGGACCUAUCGCGACGAGUGGUUAUGCCUAUGGCACUGACUCCACCUCGAUGUCCGGGAACGUAUCAAAUGAUCAAUCGAGCUUCACCUUCGAAAUAGGCGAGGCUGAUCUUGAUCCAUACUACUCCACCUAUGGAGGGGGCUACUAUUUCUGGCAAUUGUAUUUGUAUCUUGACAACUGCGAAACCUCCUACACGUGGAGCGACAACUUCGUCCAGCUUUCCUACAUCGACGACGAGCAAAACACCAUCGACCUCUCCGGCUCUGAAGAUCCUUUCAUCCAUGAUUCGGACUGUCCCACUCCUAGUCCGACCACGCCAACACCGGCCACCCCAGCUCCUGUCACCGACGCCACCCCUGCCCCCACUCCUGCUCCGACCGUGGAUGGCCCUCUUGCACUUGGAUGCUACGGGGACGACCGCGAAGACCGUAUCAUGGACGAUCUCGCUCUUUCUGACUACUCCAUGACAACCGAGCUGUGCGAGCUAACCUGCCUCGGAAGCACCUACUUCGCCACACAGUACGGGCGGGAGUGCUGGUGCGGUUCGGCUGAUAUGGACUACGCUUUGCACGGGGAGUCCACCGACUGUACCUACGCCUGCGCAGGGGACGCUGACCAAACAUGCGGCGGUUUCGACGCCGCCAACGUCUACAGCUACACGGAUGAGAGCACUGCGAUUUCAGCGUUCGUCGGGUGCUAUCAAGACGAAUCGGGCUCCCGCAUCAUGGAACUCGCGCUGACGGACAGUUCUUCCAUGUCCAUGGAGAUGUGUGAGGCGAAGUGCAGGGGAAACACGUACUUCGGGUUGCAGUACGGCAGGGAGUGCUUCUGCGGUGGGAGUUCAACCGACCUGUUGGAGCACGGAGAGUCAAGUGCCUGCAACUACGAGUGCCCUGGUGACUCCGAUCAAGUGUGCGGAGGGUUCUACGCCAUGAGCGUGUACUCCUACUCGUAG